AGCGCCUGCACAAAACAGCUCUUAGGGCGUAAAAGAAGAAACGAGGCCGUACAAAGAGGGCUCUUCCAUAGGCCAGAACCGCCAUUAUCGCUUCCUUUGGAUCUUCUAGGGUUCCUGUGAAAUCUAAGCACAAGCAUUGCACCAAGAUGGACCGAUAUCAGCGAGUUGAGAAGCCAAAGGUGGAGACGCCGAUUGAUGAGAACGAGAUUCGUAUCACUAGUCAGGGCAGGGCGCGAAACUACAUCACCUACGCCAUGACUCUUCUGCAGGAAAAAGGUUCAAAUGAAGUUGUGUUCAAGGCAAUGGGAAGAGCGAUCAAUAAGACUGUGACCAUAGUAGAGCUGAUCAAGAGAAGGAUUCCUGGCCUUCACCAGAACACUUCUAUUGGAUCUACAGAUAUCACAGACACAUGGGAACCUCUAGAAGAAGGCCUUCUACCAUUGGAGACCACAAGGCAUGUUUCGAUGAUAACAAUAACCCUUUCCAAGGAGGAGCUGAAUACGUCCUCAGUUGGGUACCAGCAACCAAUUCCUGUUGAGUUGGUGAAGCCAUCAGGCGAAAUGGAUUAUGAAGGACGAGAAGGAUCACCUAGAGGCAGAGGAGGAAGAGGCAGAGGAAGAGGAAGGAGCAACAGAGCUUUUACAGGAAAUGGAUUUGCGAAUGCGGAGUAUGAAGAUGGAGGUUGGGAUCGUAACCGGGCAUAUGGUAGGGGAAGAGGUCGUGGAAGAGGACGCGGGUUUCGUGGUCGGGGAAGAGGAGGAUACAAUGGGCCGCCACAGUACGAGAUGGAACAGGACGGAGGUUAUGGAUAUGAUGCACCUCCUCCUCCUCCUCCUCCUGGCGCUGGACGUGGUCGUGGAAGGGGAGGCCGUGGGAGAGGCCGUGGUGGAUUCAACAGAUCGAACAGGCCACCGGUCCAGGCGGCUGCCUAAGUGAGGUUGUGCUGAAAAUUCCGAUGCUUCUACAUGUCUCAUGUUUGUCAUAAUUAUCAUUAGCUUGUUUUUUGGUCGAUUUUUAAAUUAUUAUUAUCUAAUCUGACUGAAUUCAUCAAGAAUCAUUAGGGUUCUUUUUGCAUAUGUUCAUUGUUUUUUUUUUGUCAGCAGCAUUGUCUUGGUUUUUUGGUAGAACUACUGAGGCAUCAUGUUUUUUUUUCCUCUUGUUUUGUUCUGUAGCUUGGGUUUUUAGGCAAAAGACAAGUUUAAGUUUUCACACUUUUUUUUCCCUUUCAUUGUUAAGGUGAUGGCACCGUUGAUUCU